AAGGCUUGAUCACUUUACUUUGGUAGUGACGUUGUAACUGAUGAUCGAACCAACAAUUGCAAUAAACUGCAAACAAUAACAUCCUCAGAUCAGAUACCAACAUGCAGAACAAAACCCUAUUUGGGUUUGGGCUCCAAUGGCUAACCAAGGUGUUAAUCGUAACCGUUGGUAUGGUCUCCGGCGAGUAUUUCAAGCCCUUCAACGUCAGCUACGAUCACAGAGCACUUAUAAUCGAUGGUCAACGGAGAAUGUUGAUUUCUGCUGGAAUUCACUAUCCUCGAGCUACACCUGAGAUGUGGCCUGAUUUGAUUGGUAAGAGCAAGGAAGGUGGGGCUGAUGUGAUUCAAACUUAUGUAUUCUGGAGUGGGCAUGAGCCAGUUAGAGGACAGUAUAAUUUCCAAGGAAGAUAUGAUCUUGUGAAGUUUGUUAAGUUGGUGGGAGAGACUGGGCUGUAUCUUCAUCUCCGAAUAGGUCCAUAUGUUUGUGCAGAGUGGAACUUUGGGGGCUUCCCAGUAUGGCUUCGUGAUAUUCCUGGAAUUGUGUUCCGUACAGACAACGAACCAUUCAAGGAAGAGAUGAAGCGUUUUGUUAAAAAAAUAGUAGAUGUGAUGCGAGACGAAUCUCUCUUCUCUUGGCAAGGUGGCCCAAUCAUCAUGCUGCAGAUUGAAAAUGAGUAUGGAAACAUUGAAAGCUCUUAUGGCCAAAAAGGAAAGGAGUAUGUAAAAUGGGCUGCAAAUAUGGCUGUUGGACUUGGAGCUGGUGUACCAUGGGUUAUGUGCAGGCAAACUGAUGCUCCAGAAAACAUUAUAGAUGCCUGUAAUGGAUACUAUUGUGAUGGUUUUAAACCUAACUCCAACAAGAAACCAGUACUGUGGACCGAAAAUUGGGAUGGAUGGUAUACAACCUGGGGAGGAAGACUGCCUCAUAGGCCUGUGGAGGAUCUUGCAUUUGCAGUUGCACGCUUUUAUCAAAGGGGAGGAAGCUUUCAGAAUUAUUAUAUGUUUUUUGGGGGGACUAAUUUUGGACGGACUUCUGGAGGCCCUAAUUAUGUCACUAGUUAUGAUUAUGAUGCUCCAAUUGAUGAAUAUGGUCUUCUAAGUCAGCCAAAAUGGGGGCAUUUAAAGGACCUGCAUGCUGCUAUAAAGCUGUGUGAGCCUGCACUUGUUUCUGCUGAGUCAGCUCAGUAUAUAACACUAGGAUCUAUGCAAGAGGCGCAUGUGUAUCGUGGUGGUAACACAAGUAUUUGUUCAGCAUUUCUUGCAAACAUUGAUGAACACAAAACAAGCACUGUACAAUUUCUUGGUCGAUCAUACACUUUGCCACCAUGGUCUGUGAGUAUACUACCAGACUGCAAGAACGCUGUAUUCAACACUGCAAAGGUUGGGGCACAAACCUCCAUUAAAUUGGUAGAUUUUGAGCCCAUGUCAUCUUCAAAAAGUUCUAGUCCCGAGCACUUAAUGAUUCGCACGGAAUUACCCCUUGUUUCUGAAUCAUGGAUGACACUUAAGGAGCCCAUUGGCGCUUGGGGUGAUGAUACUUUCACUGUUCAAGGCCUCCUGGAGCAUUUAAACGUGACAAAAGACCAAUCGGAUUAUUUAUGGUAUAUAACCAGAGUAUAUGUUUCUGAUGAGGACAUUGCAUACUGGAAAGAGAAUGCAGUUACUCCAUCACUUAAAAUCGAUAGCAUGCGUGAUGUUGUUCGUAUCUUCAUCAAUGAACAACUUAUAGGAAGUGAAAGGGGCCACUGGGUCAAGGUUGUUCAGGAUGUUGAACUUAAGCAAGGAUACAAUGAUGUCAUGUUAUUGUCACAGACAGUUGGUUUGCAGAACUAUGGUGCCUUUCUUGAGAAAGAUGGAGCAGGAUUUAAGGGUCAGAUCACUCUAACUGGAUUAAAAAACGGGGACGUUGAUCUCACACAUUCAACAUGGACCUAUCAGGUUGGGCUUAAAGGUGAAUUCCAAAAAUUGUAUGCUAACGACGAUGAUGAAAGUUUGAGUUGGACUAAUUUGACACAUGACGAAGUUCCAUCAGUCCUCUCAUGGUACAAGACCCAUUUUGAUUCCCCGGGUGGUAAAGAUCCAGUGGUUGUUGAUAUGAGCAGUAUGGGUAAAGGUCAAGCUUGGGUCAAUGGACACCAUAUAGGAAGAUACUGGACUCUUGUUGCCCCAAAAGAUGGAUGUCAAGAAAAUUGUAAUUAUCGUGGAGCUUAUAAUUCAGGAAAAUGCCAAACCAAUUGUGGCAAACCUACCCAGAUUUGGUAUCAUGUACCAAGAUCAUGGUUACAACCAUCAGACAAUCUACUUGUUGUAUUUGAGGAGACAGGAGGAAGCCCAUUUGAAGUUUCUGUCAAGACAGUUUCUGUUGAAGCUGUCUGUGCUCACGUGUCUGAGGAUUAUUAUCCACCGGUUAAAACGUGGUCCCAGUCAAGUUACAUCAACGGGAAACUUUUUACAGACCAGAGGAAGCCGGUAAUGGAACUGCAGUGUGAAGAUGGUUAUACCAUUGCAUCCAUAGAGUUUGCUAGCUACGGAACCCCUCAAGGCAGCUGCCAAUCAUUCUCCACAGGCAACUGCCAUGCACCAACUUCAUCUUCCAUCUUAUCCAAGGCCUGUGAAGGAAGAAAUAGGUGCAAAAUAGAAGUCUCUAAUUCUGUAUUUGGAGACCCAUGCCCCAGGACUGUAAAAACCUUGGCUGUUAAGGCGAGAUGCAAACCAUCAUUGUCGUCAUCAUCAUGGUACACCGGAUUAUCAGAAAUAUGAGACCAAGAAGCAAGACAUGUUGCAGUCUUUUAUGGUCCAUCCACUGUGGUGUCAUGUAUCCUUUAAUCAUGUACAUAUACGUAAUAACUAUAAAGCUUUAAAAGUAAAUCUUUGUUGGUCAACAUGUUCCCUCUUUA